AUGGCUCAGGCACAGCUCAGCUCCUGGCUGCUCCUGUGUGUGUUUGCUGCAUCCCAGAGGCUGACAGAUGAACACCCUCACAGCGGCACCAACAGAGCCCGUCGUGGCCCAGAGGACGCUGGCAUCAUGUUAGAGAUGCUCUGGGGAAGGCUGGAUAUUCAGGCCAACGGGACAAUCCGGCUGCGGGAUGAAGAGCUGGCCUCCCUACGCCCGGCACGGCGCUUCCUGCAGAUUUUCGAGGAGGAAGUUCCCAAAACACCAGCAGAGAUUGAGCAGCAUCUGAGAUAUUAUUCACUGACUGACACUCCCUUGCCUCCGACGGAGUUUGACCGUCUCCUUUUCACCAGUGUUUACAGUGCCUAUCAGGUUCGCUCCGUGCAGGGUCUGGAUAAAAACCCCUGGAUUGGCUUUUUCUCUCAGCUGGUUGAUGAAAUCUUUCGUGACCUGUGCAAGGGGCUCUGCCCUGCAAAUACCACUCUCCUCCAGGCUUCCUGGCCUUGGAAGGAGAAACCUUCACAUUUAGCAUCCCUGAAACAUUUAUAUCGCUCUAACCUGGCCAGGACCAAGAGAGACACCUAAUGAGGGAACCUCCGUAGCAAAGGGCACACCUGGCUUCAGUGGCCUCCUUGGUUAUUUUCAAUGCUUUCCACAGUGUGCAGGACUUUGAAUAAAUAUGCCACACCUUUUUGUUCUGCUUUCUGCACAGUGCUGGCACCCUCUCAGGACUUAUGCACAAGCUUUUAUUUUUAAAUGAAAAAAGGACAAAAGUGUAAAGAGCAUUUCUCCCUUUUCUGAUUUUUUGCUAAGUGGGCUGUGCUGAAGGGGCAGUGCUAUUUAGAUGUCUUAUCUAUCUUGAUCACUGAUGCUUAGGAGAGAUGGCAUGGAAGUAUUUUUCCAGGAUAUUAUGCUGGUUCAGCAUUAUCUUCAUUUCAGAUAAUUCAGUUCACUCUCCUUAUAUUCUCCCUGUGGUUUCAGACAAAUACAAGAUCUUCUCUCCAGCAGCAACUAAGCAGGUUUUCUUGUGUUUCAUGAUAUAGGUCACAUAUCUAAUUUCAUUUUUCUCUUCAUGUGCCAUCAUAUUUUAUGUGUCAACAGCAAUUUCCCAUCUCAUGUAUUCAUUUUCCUUUAAAAAGCAACCUGAAAUUGUAUGUAUUCCAUGAAGCUUUCUAGUAUUUGCAUAUCAUAUUUACACAUACACACAGCUUUGUUUCAGUUAUCAUUUUGGAAUAUACUUCCUGAAAUCUCAUUUAAAUUCUGAAGGAUCCUGACCUAGUUAUUUCUUCAGCAGAUUUUGCCUCUCUUCUAUAAAGUUUUUUUUUAUAGCCAUGGCAUUUUUCGAGCCAAACAUAAUAAAUGCAUAGUCUCUAUCCUCAAAAUCAGAAAUGUAAUUAUUUUACAGAAAGACAUCAUUAACAUUUGUCUGUUUUAAACACUGUGUUGUGGAAUUAAAUAAAUGUAAUUAUCUCCUCA